CAACAAAGAAAAAAAAGCAGUACGGACCCCGUCACUUCCGCCAGCCCCUCCACAGCGACUUUCUUCUGCCCCCCCCCUUCUCAUCAAGGAACGCAUAGGUCAUGGUAACGGAGACGCCCCCAGUGCCACCAAGCACGACUGCAGCGAACGGGGUCCCUCCUCCAGCCGGUGCGGGCACGGAUACCAAUGCCAGUGCUCUCGCGACUGACGCCGCCACCAUCUCACUCGAUCAGCCUUCGCAACCACAUCAACGGAAGGCGUCUGCGCUGGAUGACACCAUGAACAGGAAUAGUCGAUUCAAGGUUCCACAUCGACCAGCACAGCUGAUCAGGAAUCUCCACGCCAGUUACUUCAACCAUGCUUUGCCAGACUCGUCAUCCUCAGGCUCUGCAGAAUCAGCCGUCUCCAUCAUCGUACGAUCCAUUCGUAGCAAUGUCUUUGCUUUUGGCGCUGUGGCUUCCAUGGCAGGAUGCGCUAUCUUGCUCGGACAGGGAUUUUCAAGGCAGGGCUGGCGCGGUACCGGACAGGUUGGACUGGUGGCGCAGGUCGUAUACCACGGUUUUUUCGCGGCGACAUGCUCCUGGCAAUGGUUCAAACGAAUGGCGCUCAGCAGCAGAGACCGUGCAGGGAAAGUCAGUAGUACCGGCAGCAGCAGGAGGAAUAGCGAAGACGGAGCCGUCUGUGACCACGAUAGACCUAACAAUGACCUUGGGGCAGCCGAGCCAAUUGAUGUUUUGGACACAACCUCGACGGAAGAGGUCAAGCAAGGCUCCUCAAAGUCUUCCAAUACCCCUAGUUCUGUCUGCUCACCUCCGACAGCAACCUCUCUUUCGUAUUAUAUCCUAAGCUAUGGUCUCCUUGGUCUCUUAGGAUUCACCUCCAUCUCGGCUGUUCAUACAUGGAAUUCACAUUUCUGGAGCCCUGUCCUUCUCUUGGCAACAUUAUCGCCACUGCUGGUGGGAUCCUCCUUGAUGGGGCUGGACAGAAUAUCGAUUGCGCUGUCCAAGGAUAAGGCGCAUCAUACUGCCGAACUGGACGAGUUGCAGGAGCGCUAUGAAAACCUCAUGGAGGCAUACAGGGAUGAAGACCUUUUGAAAAAGAACAUAUUGCUGGAGACAGUCGGAAAGGAGGUGCAGGAUGCAGCAACCCUGGCGAUCGAAACUCUGCGCCAGAUGACGCCCAGCAGUCUAUUCCCUCAAAGCGUUUCUCGAGAACAGCUGAGUCCAUGCACAUUACCGAUACCCACUACCAGCAUUCUCGGUCUGUUCACAACGAUGCGCCACUUGCAGUACAUCGCCAGGAACAUGGAGCGUCUCUCACGAGUAAUGUUUACGGAAUACGUUCAGGGAAUUGUCGAAAAGACCUCGCCUCACUACCAUCGAGGAGAAAACAAAUUUGACGUUGGCGAGUUUGUACAGAGUCUUGGCGACCUCGUCUCUGCGGAUGCAUCGCUGAAGGGUGUAGAGUUUGUCAUUUAUCACUCCGAGUACGACCUGAACCAUGUGCCCAUCAGGGGAAGCGAAGAUAGCUGGAGGCAUGCCCUUAUUAAUCUGAUUAAAAGCAUCAUCGACUGCGCCAAGGCUGGAUCGACCAUCGAGCUCUGCUUGGUCCUGUUCACGAUACCCCAGCCUGGAGAGGAAAAGAAUAAGGUCAUGGUCAGCUUUGAGAUCACUUACUACCCCAAUCCGGACUCGGCAUCAACGGAGGACGAUCUCACGCAUCUGAACGCCCUCUUAGCCUCAAAACUGGUUAAGGCGAUGGGUGGAUCAUUAGAAAUUGAGCAGCUGGAAGGAAACGCCAAGCGGUUCACUGUCUCGGUCGAGGUGGAACUCAGUCCAAUACCGCAGGAGGAGAAGAUUGGAAACCUCAAGCAUCUGGACGACCAACACCGACCUAUCCACCCUCUGGAGCCCUCCAGAACCGACGAUAUGGUGUCAUCAUUGACUGCGCAGGAUCACCUUCAGCGCCUGGAAAACAUGCAGACGUUGCACCCAGUUCACGAAUCUCAGCACUUCCUCCAGCAACAUGUCAAAACGCCUCUGGUCUCACCAACGCCUCUACCCUCGUCUCCUCCACCGCGACGCUCAGGCGGUGGCGGCAGUCCCAGGGUUUCAGCAGAGCCGACCAUUACGGAGCUCGUUCGAUUCAGUCAAAAGCUGGCGGGGCUCAGAGUAGUUUUGAUGGCAAGGGAGAACUCGGCCUUUGCAGUUCGCCUUACUGGAUAUUUGAAGACAUGGAAUAUCAACGUUUUGAAGAGGACCAUCCGCGACAGUACCAGUGCCCCUGGCGAGACUGUUUUCGGAGAUGUCAUUAUUAGCGAGGAGCCGCAGACACCCGUUGGUGGCGCUAAGCGCACGAGCUCAUCGUCGUCCCUGAGUAGCAAGUACCCUGGCCUCGGUGGCAAAUCCGAGUUCUCAUCAUCGGCUACAAAGUCGCUGAGCCCAGCAUUCAUCAUGAUCGACGACGACGUCAAGGCCCUCGGUCAGCAGAUUCUCAAAAUGCAGUCCAACCCAGCCUCGCCAGCUCCAGCAGCAGGAGCCUCGAAGCGUCCGACCCACCGUCGGCACAAGUCUGUCACCACGAUCCAGCACACCAGCAUCAUCUACUUUACAAGUUUGCCGACGUUCAAGCAGGCUAGAGAUACCAUCAUGUUCAUCCUUGGAACUCAAAUACCGGGCGUGAGCUACAGCAUCGCCAACACACUGUCAGGCAACACCCUGGGUCAUGCGCCUCUUGGCCCUCUUAGCCCUCUCCCGUACAUUCUGGUCCUUCCCAAGCCCGCAGGUCCUCGCCGAGUGCUUACGGCGAUCCACACGGCAAUCAAUGUUCCGGUGCUGGACCAAUCGUAUAGCCCCAUUGCCACUGCACCGACGUCUCCUGCGCCCGCGAUCCGUCACUUCAGCGAAGAGAUCAAUCCACUGGACAGAGAUCAGAUUGUAUAUGAUCCCGUAUCGAACCAAGCAUUCGCUCGGUCGGUCCCACACUCUACGCAGAGCUCCCCAGGGGCUCUUAGUCCGAACGACAAUCUUCCCCAUGAGCAUUAUCAGAAACGGGACAUGAUACGCCAGUUGAUCGACGCAGGCGGCAAUGUUGAAACAAUCGCCUAUCCCUUUGACCACUCCGCUGUCGAUAUGACAACGCCGGAAACUCCAGGAUCAACCCAAUCAAUCGGCUCUCCAACAGGAAUCCCUGUAUUCGGAACUGCUAAUCAACCAGCAGGCAUUCAAUUUGAUCCGACCGCCAGACCACCAGGGACUCAGUCGCCUGCGACACCAGGUCAGGGCUUUAGACGGGUUUCGAAUGGCAAUGGGCGCAGCACCAGCCAUUCUAUCUCCAGCAACGACGGAGGAGCUGUUAUCAUUCCACCACCGGUCAUCAUCGCCAGCAAUCAUCAGCCAUUUGCAUCGAUACAUGUUCAACGGUCGUCCGAGGGCGGUACACUUUCUGCUACAACUCUUAUGCGUCCGCUGCUACGACCGGGUGUGGGACGCUCGCCACUGGGCACGCCUCCAACCAUCACUCAAUCGACCGGUCUUUUGUUUUCGCCACCAAGUGUCCGGCACUCUGUUAUGGCGUCGCCUAUGCCUCAGAGACAUGAGGCAAUAGCGGCGCGUAAUGGCGGCAGCAGUGGUGGUUCAAUGAACAGCAUUGGUUCAAUGAACAGCAUCGGCAUGGAUAAUCCCAAGGUUCCUCAUCCAGUGCUACCCCUAGGAUCACUUCCAACCGCUUCACCGCUUCCAACGUCCCCCGGCUCGCUUGUCCGGUCCAGUCCAGGAACACCAGGAAUUUCGCCCGGCCACGCCUCCUCUCCGCCUCCUCCAAAAACCGGGUCUGGUCGGUCGAGGGGUCUGAUCCCCAUCAAGAAAACGAGGGAUAUGAGGACAGUGGGCGCCGCGACACCUUCGCUGGUCAAGAGUGGUGUGGUUGAGCGAGUCAGCCCUCUGGUGAACGUGCUAAUCGUCGAAGACAACUAUAUCAAUCAAGCAAUUUUAGUCAAGUUUAUGCGGCAGCGCAAGAUCAAGUACGAACUAGCGUGCAAUGGUAAAGAGGCCGUGGACAAAUGGCGCGUUGGAGGCUUUCACUUGGUCUUGAUGGAUAUUCAGAUGCCAGUCAUGGACGGUAUCGAGGCCACGCGUGAGAUUCGUCGCUUAGAAAAGGCCCAAAAGAUCGGUGUAUUCCCAACAGAUAAGCCUAAUUCUGUCGGCAAUUCGAUGCAAUCGGCCCUUACACCCAGCUUCGCUUCGUCGUCAUCCUCUACGAGCCAGACGCCCACGACCCCGCCAGCGUCGCCAUUCCGCUCUCCCGUAAUUAUCGUGGCAUUAACAGCCUCGGCUGAGAGUGAGGAUCUGAGAAGGACAGCGCUCUUAGCCGGGUGCAACGACUACAUCACCAAGCCAGUGCAGUUCCCUUGGUUGGAGCGCAAGAUUGUGGACUGGGGUUGUAUGCAAGCCCUGAUCGAUGUCGAUGCCUGGAAGGAAUGGAAGCGAGAUUUGGAAGGCACCAGCCCUGGAGGCUCUAACAGUGGCAAUGGUGGGCCUAUGGCUGCGCUGAAAAAGACGAUUGCGAACGCAGGCACUGUGACGAGAGCGAACCUGAAGCGACCCUCGAUUGGUACCAGAUCGAUCAAGGGCGCUAAAGCUGCGGUAAUUGCGGCCAAGAAUGCGGAAGCUGCGGCCAAGGUUGCGGAAGCUGCUGCGAACGAUGCGGACAAAAAGGCAACAGUAACAGAAAUCAUUGAGCCAGCAACUGUCCCACCGACUUCAUCGACAGCUACAUCAGCUACUACAUCAGCACCUACGUCGGUAACUACAUCAGAAGCAGCAGCAGAGGCUACUACGAGAGCAUCUAGUAAUGAGAAUGCCCAAGCCAAGCCCUUGCAAGCACCGCCUUCCGCCAGUACGGCCACGGAUGUAAGCCUGAGCAACGGAUCUACGGUUGUAGCGCAGGAGAAGGCAUCGACAUUGAACGAGACCACGCCCACGACAGUAUCGACGUCUGCUUCAAGUCCUACGAAGGAAAAGUGAGAGGUCGGAAAAAGAUGACUGAUAACUAUUUCCGUUUCUUUUUCAGCUUUACUGUACAUUACAACUGCGGUUUUAAUAAAACUAGAAUGCCCAAAAACGUAUUGCAGAGUGCUUAACGCUUGAACUCGUAUCGAUGUGGAAACAUACUAUUGUAAAUAGUUCUACCAUGCCAAUUUGGCUACAGAAACGGGGAGGGGGGAUAGGAAGUGAAGCGGUUUCUUUGAGUUGACGAUACAAUCAAUUACUAUUGC